AAAACCCUAGGGGCCUGAGAAGAAGCAUACGUUCCUAUCUCACUCUCGCUCUAGCGCUCUCUUGCUGAAGGCUGAAGCGCACCCACUGUAUCUGCGCAUCUAUCCCGCUGGCUCUCUCCAGUAAAGGCGUUUAUAAGUAUACAUAUAAACGCAUCUGUACGUAGCUGCUAUCAGCCACCAGCCAUGGCGGACGUCAUGUCAAUGGAAGAUAUACACGCCACCGCUGCUCGCCUCAACGUCGACCUCUCCUCCCUCGAUCUUGGUCCCAUUCGCCUACCCCCAGCUGAGGACUUCGGCAUCGUCAGUGAUGAUGAGGAUUUGAAAAAGGAGGAGUCAUUGGAGUUCGAGGAGGGCUUUGGAAACAUAAUUGUGGUGGACAAUUUGCCAGUGGUGCCCAAAGAGAAAUUCGAGAAAUUGGAAGGUGUGGUUCGGAAAAUCUACAGUCAAAUUGGGGUCAUUAAGGAGGAUGGACUGUGGAUGCCUGUCGACCCCGAAACUCAGAAAACCUUAGGAUAUUGUUUCAUUGAAUAUAACACUCCUCAGGAAGCUGAAUUAGCUAAGGAGAAGACCAAUGGAUACAAGUUAGACAGAUCCCACAUAUUUGCUGUUAACAUGUUUGAUGACAUUGAGAAGUUUAUGAAAGUCCCAGAGGAGUGGGCACCACCAGAAACCAAGCCUUACACUCCAGGGGAGAAUCUGCAAAAAUGGCUUACUGAUGAGAAAGCCAGAGAUCAGUUUGUGAUUCGUGCUGGCACGGACACUGAGGUCUUGUGGAAUGAUGCAAGACAGUCAAAGCCUGAGCUUGUUUACAAAAGAUCUUACUGGACGGAGAGUUUUGUGCAGUGGUCGCCAUUGGGGACCUACUUGGCCACAGUACAUAGACAGGGUGCUGCAGUUUGGGGUGGUGCAACCACUUUUAACCGCCUGAUGCGAUAUGCUCAUCCGCAGGUAAAACUGAUCGAUUUUUCCCCUGGUGAGAGAUUUUUGGUGACUUACAGCAGCCAUGAGCCAAGCAAUCCUCGUGAUACCCAUAGGGUAGUGAUAAACAUUUUCGAUGUGAGAACUGGAAAAGUUAUGAGAGACUUCAAAGGGAGUGCAGAUGAAUUUGCCACUGGAGGAACUGGAGGUGUUAGUGGUGUUUCUUGGCCUGUUUUCAGAUGGGGUGGUGGAAAAGAUGACAAAUACUUUGCCAGAAUAGGGAAAAAUGUCAUCUCUGUUUAUGAAACUGAAACCUUUACUCUUAUCGACAAGAAGUCUAUAAAGGUUGAAAAUGUUGUCGACUUCAGUUGGUCACCUACUGAUCCCAUUCUUGCACUCUUCGUUCCUGAACUGGGUGGAGGAAACCAGCCUGCAAGGGUGAGCCUUGUGCAAAUCCCGAGCAAAGAAGAGUUGAGGCAAAAGAACCUCUUUAGUGUUAGUGAUUGUAAAAUGUACUGGCAAAGUAAUGGGGAUUAUCUUGCUGUUAAAGUCGAUCGCUACACAAAAACCAAGAAGAGCACAUAUACUGGCUUUGAGCUUUUCAGGAUCAAGGAACGGGACAUUCCCAUUGAGGUUCUGGAGCUUGAAAAUAAGAAUGACAAGAUUAUUGCAUUUGCUUGGGAGCCAAAAGGCCACAGGUUUGCAGUUAUCCAUGGUGAUAACCCAAGGCCUGAUGUGAGUUUCUACUCGAUGCGCAGUGGUACCAACAUUGGCCGGGUUUCAAAGCUCACUACUCUCAAGGGCAAGCAAGCAAAUGCUCUUUACUGGUCACCAGCUGGGCGCUUUAUUAUAUUGGCUGGGUUAAAAGGUUUUAAUGGACAGUUGGAGUUCUACAAUGUUGAUGAGCUUGAGACCAUGGCACAAGCUGAGCAUUUCAUGGCAACAGAUGUUGAGUGGGAUCCUACAGGAAGGUAUGUUGUGACAGCAGUUACAUCGGUUCAUGAGAUGGAAAAUGGGUUCAAUGUAUGGUCCUUUAACGGCAAACUUCUAUACAGAAUACCCAGGGAUCACUUUUUUCAAUUCUUGUGGCGCCCAAGGCCCCCAUCUUUCUUGAGUCCUGAGAAGGAAGAAGAGAUUGCUAAGAACUUGAAGAAAUACAGCAAGAAGUAUGAAGCAGAGGAUCAAGAUGUUUCUUUGCUGCUAAGCGAGCAGGAUCGUGAGAAGAGAAGGAUGUUGAAGGAAGAGUGGGAUAGGUGGGUCAGUGAAUGGAAGCGAUUGCAUGAAGAAGAGAAAUUGGAGAGGCAGAAGCUGCGUGAUGGGGAAGCUAGUGAUGACGAAGAGGAAUAUGAAGCCAAAGAAGUCGAAAUUGAAGAGUUAUUGGAUGUAUCAGAAGAAGUUAUUUCCUUUGACUAAGUUGAAGACAAUUUCUUGCUUCAAACCACUUACGAUAGUUAAGGGCGUGCGCAUCUGGCCAGUGUCAGGAACUUCCUCUGUGGCUUAGACCAGUUUUUUAAAUGUGUUGUUUGGUGUCACCAAGAUUAAACAUUGUACUUUUUUUUCACCACAGAAUUUUGUUUUCGGCUUUUUGCAAGUUACGUAGUAUUGAAAUUUGUUUUA